GAAAAAUAAAAUGGACCAACUUUGCCUCAACAAGUAUCUGCAACUCUAAAUAUGAAUAAUUUGUGUCAUGAAGGUGUGUAUAAAUUUGGUGCCAAAAUAAUAAGUGGUCAUAACAGACUGAGAAGUGCAUCCAACAAGAUGAAAACCAUAAUCGCUUUCUUGGCAAUUUUAGCAGUAUCAUUAGCAGCUAGUCUCGAUCAUCUCGAGCCUAAACACAUUCCCAUAAUUCGUCAAGAAAACGAAGUCAGCGUCGAUGGAAACUACCGUUCUUCUUUCGAAACUGGAAACGGAAUCGUCAUCCAAGAACAAGGUGUUCAAAAAAACGCUGGUAGCCAAGAUGCAGCAUCCGAAGUACAUGGAUCAGCUGAAUGGCAAAGCCCCGAAGGUAUUCCAGUAGUCCUCAAGUAUGUAGCCAAUGAAUUCGGAUACCAACCCGAAGGUAACCUUCUCCCAACUCCACCAACAGACACCAACACACCCCCACCAAUACCAGAAGCAAUCCUUAGGUCUCUCGAAUGGAACGCUGCUCAUCCAGAAGAAAAUGAAGAAUACCAAAGACCAAAACAUCAGUAAAUUUUAAUUAAAAAAUUGUAAAUAAAUUUUAUUUUUCUAUGA